ACGAGUCGUUAACCUGCGCACCCCUCCAAUCCAAAUCCCCAAAACCCAAUCUAAACCUGCGCCACCGCAUUCUUCACGAUCCGUGCGAGACUUUGUCGACGAAAAGCAAAAUAAAUAAAUAAAUAAAACAAAGUAAUAAAACCAAAAGUCGCCUUGCGAACUUUCUCAGACGCCUUCACAUCGACAACGAUCCGAACUCUGCCUCUCUCUCUCUCUCUCUCUCUCUCUGCGCGCUCGAUUUCUUUGGAUUUUCUCGGCGGCUUCGUUGAGAAUGCGAUUGCAAUUGCUCGGAUCCAGGUUUUUGUUUCGGAAUUCCGAGUGUAAUUUGACUGCUUCUGGUUCUGGUUAGGGAUUUUUUGUAAGGUGCGAGCAAGCUAGUGUUAGGGUUUCACAGUAUGUUGAAGGCGGAGGACUGCUCGAAUUGGGGAGAGUUACCGGCCGUCGAUGGAUUUGCAGGCGAGGAAUUUGACGAAGACGAGGAGAUGUGCAUAGAUGUCGACACGCUCUAUCGCCUUCUCGAUGAAGAACCCACGAGUUGUCCAGAGGAUUUGUCGUUGGAAAAUCAAUUGGACGCUGAAGAAGUUUCCGAUGCUCAGCUCCUAAGUGGAUCCCAAGCAGUAAAAGAAGAACCACCAAUAGAAACUGAUUUAAUGGGUCCAGGUGCGUGGAAUCAUCCGUACAGCUCAGAAGCUUCGCACUCUGGGGCAGGGGGUCCUGAUGGCUCUUUUGAUUAUAAAGGGAACCAUGAAAUGAAUUUUGAUUACAAAGAAAUGCAACCAUCAGCAAACACUGGCUCUCUGGGGCAUACAUACUCUAUGAGUCUUAAAGACUGGAUUUCCUUGGUUCCAAGCGAUGAGACUUGCUUUACAGAGAGGGUUGCAGUUUCACAGCCAUGUAGUAUGUCGUCUAGUAUUUCUGAAGGGCAUGCCAACCAUGUUUUGGACCACAGAGAUCUGAAUGUCCUGCAGAGGGAAGUUGAUGUGCCUGGGAAAGCUGAAUCUGAAUAUGCUUUGCAGUGCCUCGAUAUUGAGAACAUGGGCUUACGUUCCAGAACCUAUUUCACUUUGGGACAAAAUACCACGGAAACCUUAGGGGCCAUCUGAAAAUAAUUCCUGCACUUCUAUGGAAAUAUGCUCUACUCUCUGUCAAAAUUCUGAUGUUUUCAGUGACCCUUAUACUGCUAUGUGUGGCAUGAGCUUAGAUAAUACAUAUUUCACUGAUGUCUUAAUGCAUCAUAGUCCUACCAGUUAUUAUUUUCCGAUUAAUGAAGAAAUGAUGGCUAAUGUGAAGGAUGAAUCAGGGGAGUUUCCAGCUGAUAGUUCAUGCUCAACUAGCAAGAUGAAUUUAAAUGGUCAGGAGGUGAUAACUGGUAGAUCUGUUUUUGAGCCGUCAAUGAUUGAUGUUUUAGAUGGAAAGGAGUGGAAUUUGAGAUAUGGUAAUUGUAUGUCAGCAAUCAGUGGAAAUUCUUCAUUCGAUGCUGACUCUUUUCCUGUUGACAAUAAGGCAUCAGUUGAGCCUUUGAGUUCUACUCAGACAUACAUGUCAAGCAAAAAGGAAAGUAUUGGUGUGAAGGAUGAAAAGAAUGAUGAGUUUGUUGCUCCAAGUAGUGUUAUGUGUCAUUCUUUUCGAGGCAUGGAUGAAGCUGUCAGUAGACAGUCUUCUUUUAGUGCUCAUGAUCACUUUUUUGAGAAAGACUUCAAGCAGUCUGGUUUUGGUAUAUCAACACAGAAUCUUGGUAACUCAUUGGAUAAUGAAGAAGUCACGAUUGGUGCAUGUAAGAGAGCUUGUCUUUCUCAAGAUAUUAAGCAUGGAAGUUCCACAUCCCCUGUUGAUGGACAAUCUGUGAAUUCAAAUGCCUAUUCUCAAGGUGCUCAGUCAUUCACUUCAUGCAAGAGUCAGGGUUACAUGAAGGAUAUAGUCACUCAUUCUAAGAGCAUGCACCCUUCGAAAGUCAGCCCUGAAUCAAUUCAUAGUAACUUCUCUGACAAAUCCCCUGCAGAUGAUGACGUUGAUGUAUGUAUUAUUGAACAUAUCAGUCAUCCUGCACCCUCAAGUCGCUCUUCAGUGGUUAGCAAUACUAAUUACGCUGCGCCCAUGAAACAGUCUCCAGCACUUGGAAAUACUGUUGUUAAUUCACAACAAUUGAUGCCGAGUGAUCAUUACGGAGGAGUGGGAGGCAUGAGAUUCAAGACACGAGAUGAACAAUUGGUUUUGAGAGUAGCAUUGCAGGACCUUUCACAGCCCAAGUCAGAAGCUAUUCCACCAGAUGGACUUUUGGCAGUUCCUCUGUUACGACAUCAGAGAAUUGCAUUGUCAUGGAUGGUUCAGAAAGAGACAGCUAGUUUGCACUGUUCUGGAGGAAUUCUUGCGGAUGAUCAGGGAUUAGGAAAGACAAUAUCGACAAUUGCACUUAUACUUAAGGAAAGGCCUUCAUAUGGAGCUUGUCAAGAUGUAAAAAAGCAAAAGCUGGAAACUCUGGAUUUGGACAAUGAUAAUGAUAUGCAUUUUGAGAUUGGUGGAAGGAAGCAACAUGCUGAUGCCCAUGAAGUUAUUUCAAAUGGAACUCCAAACGAGAGCAUAAAACCUUUGAUACAAGCAAAGGGAAGGCCAGCUGCUGGAACACUUGUUGUUUGUCCCACGAGUGUCCUCCGGCAAUGGGCCGAGGAGUUGCAGAAUAAGGUAACUGAAAAAGCUAAUCUCUCGGUGCUAGUUUACCAUGGAAGCAACCGGACAAGGGAUCCUUUGGAGCUGGCUAAGCAUGAUGUUGUCCUCACAACUUAUUCAAUUGUCAGCAUGGAGGUUCCUAAGCAACCUCUUGUUGAUGACGAUGAUGAGGAGAAAGGAAACCGAGACGAGUACGAUGGUCCACAUUCCAGUAAGAAAAGGAAAUACCCUCAAAGUUCCUCAAAUAAAGGUUCAAAAGGUAAGAAGGGAUUAGAAAGUGCUGUGCUCGAGUCUGUUGCUCGCCCUCUUGCUAAGGUUGCAUGGUUUAGGGUUGUUCUGGAUGAGGCUCAAAGUAUUAAGAAUCACAGAACUCAAGUAGCUAGGGCCUGUUGGGGUCUUCGCGCUAAACGUAGGUGGUGCUUAUCAGGCACUCCUAUCCAGAAUGCAAUUGAUGACCUUUAUAGCUACUUCAGAUUUCUCAAAUAUGACCCUUAUGCUGUAUACAAGUCAUUUAUCUCUACAAUUAAGGUCCCAAUUAGUAGGAAUCCAACAAAAGGGUACAGAAAACUUCAAGCUGUACUGAAGACAAUUAUGUUACGCCGCACAAAAGGCACACUUCUUGAUGGACAACCAAUUAUUAAUUUACCACCUAAAUCCAUAGAAUUGAAAAGAGUGGAGUUUUCGAAGGAAGAACGAGAUUUCUACUCAAGGCUAGAGGCUGAUUCACGUGCUCAGUUUGAAGAAUAUGCAGCUGCGGGAACUGUCAAACAAAAUUAUGUUAACAUUUUGUUGAUGCUUUUGCGUCUUCGACAAGCUUGUGAUCACCCUCUUCUUGUUAGACGGUAUGAUUCAAAUUCUUUAUGGAGAUCUUCAGUUGAGAAGGCAAAGAAACUUCCUCUUGAUAAACAACAAUCCCUUCUGAAUUGCUUAGAAGCUUCUUUGGCGAUAUGUGGCAUCUGCAGUGAUCCACCUGAAGACGCUGUUGUUUCCGAAUGUGGUCAUGUCUUCUGUAGCCAAUGCAUUAAUGAACAUCUCACCGGUGAUGAUAACCAGUGCCCAAACACAAAUUGCAAAGUUCGACUCCACGCUUCUUCAGUGUUUUCAAAAGCCACUUUGAACAGUUCUCUUUCUGACCAGACUAAUCCAGAAAGCAUUGGUUCUGAAGUUUUUGAUGCUGUAGAGACUUUCUACGAGGAUCGCUCAUACAAUUCUUCCAAGAUUAAGGCUGCUCUUGAGGUUCUGUGCUCAAUGUGUAAACCACAGGGUUGCAUUUCUGGAAAUAGUUGCUUAGAGGACAGAGUUGAUCGAAAUGCCAGCUGUUCUGAAAAUUCUUCCGAUAUUUCUGUGGUUGAACCACUUGAGGACGUUCCUAAGAGUCAGAAAUUGGAUGUGGUGGUGGGCUCUAAGAAUACAAAGAAGGUAGUUAGAGAGAAAGCAAUAGUCUUUUCACAGUGGACGAGGAUGCUGGACUUGCUUGAAGCAUGUCUUAAAACAUCUUCCAUUGAGUACAGAAGACUCGAUGGAACAAUGUCAGUAACAGCUAGGGAUAAAGCUGUCAAGGAUUUUAACACCCUUCCAGAGGUGACAGUCAUGAUUAUGUCUUUGAAAGCAGCUAGUCUUGGUCUCAACAUGGUUGCAGCUUGUCAUGUUCUUCUUUUGGACCUUUGGUGGAAUCCUACCACAGAAGAUCAAGCAAUUGAUAGAGCUCAUCGGAUUGGGCAGACCCGUCCUGUUACAGUUUUGCGUUUGACUGUUAAAGACACCGUUGAAGAUCGUAUUUUAGCCCUUCAGCAAAAGAAGAGAGAGAUGGUUGCGUCUGCAUUUGGAGAGGAUAAAACGGGUGGUGGACAGACUCGCCUGACAGUAGAGGAUCUUAAGUACCUGUUUAUGAUGUGAUUAGAGAGAGAUUUUUAUAGGUCGAGGAGAUUUUGGCUUGCUAACACACAAAAAGGUAUCGUCGAUAGUUAUUUUUUUUUUUUUUGGCAUUGGCAGCAGCGGGAUUGAUACUCGAAGACUAUCUGACAAUAGAUCUAAAAAGUAGCGUAUGGGGCUAUCAACUAGAAGAUUAUGUUAAUAGUCUGUAUAGAAUCACAUGAUCAUUCAUUUAACAAUUUCUAUUCUUUACCCGUCCUCGUCGUUCGUUAUCAUAUUGUAUAGGAUGUGGAGUAGGUAGUCUAAAGCAAUGAAAGAUGUGAAGAUUUGUCUCUUUAAUUUGUAAUUCGUAGAGAGUACAGAAAGUUUGGGAUGUAAAAUUUGCUUGUUUCGUGUUGGUGAAAUUUGAUGAUUAAUCCAAAGGUUUAUAUUCUUAGAAAA